AUGGAGAAUCUUCACAGUGAUACGUUAGAAAACAUACUUUCUCGAAUACCUAUUGAGGAAGCUUUACAUGCCAAACGUGUAUCCAAAACUUGGAGAGCAAUCCUCCGUUAUAGGACUAGUGAAAAGGCAGGUUUCUUUUUCGCUUUCUCUCGUGGGAGAAUUGGCAUCGAUGAGGUAAUUAGAGAAGAACUUUUCUAUGAAGAUGAGUAUGAUCAUUAUGAUCAUACAAAGAUGAACUAUUACUACACUCGCAAGACUCUUUCAAAGAUAGAACACGGCAGUUUUGCUACGAAAGCCCCCACGAGGGAUAUCAUGGUCGGGUCUUGCAAUGGUUUGGUUUGUUUUUGCAAAUUUAAUGGAGAUGCCAGAGUCGCAGAAGCCGCAGAACCUUUUCUAGUAUGCAACCCCUUAACGGGAGAAUCUGCCGUUCUUCCCAAAUAUAACUAUGAAUUGCAUUGGGAUACAGCAAACCAAAAGAUUCCCUGUGGUGGUCGUCGUUUAACAAGUGGGUUUGGCUACUGUCCUUCAACGAAUAAAUACAAGGUUGUUACAAUAUAUUACUCGGAUGCAAAUAAGAAUCAUGCGUAUACUGUUGGGGGUGAGUGGAGAUACAUUGGAUAUAUCGAUCGUCAUAUAUAUACUUUUUUGUCAGGCAUCUACCCAAAUGGAACACUUUACUGGUUGCAAAAAAUUCUUGAUAUGGUACAAGAAAGUGAGGUUGUAGCCUUUGAUAUGCAAGAUGAGAAGUUCGAUUACAUCGCAUUGCCAAGUUCUGGAGAUCUUGAAUACGAAACUUCCUUCGUUGCUUGGAGGGAAUGA